AUGGCGGAAUUUGAUGGUCCACCUGCUCUUUCUACAUCUAAAGAGGCUGAUAAAGUUGAUAGUGGUGGUGAAGAUCCAAAAACAACCAGGAACAUUCGAGUUACACAAGAUUUUAUGGAAGAAGUGCAGAAAUAUCCAGUUCUUUACGAUAGGUUUAGUUCUGAGUUCAAGAACAAGUACAUAAAGCAAAAUGCCUGGACAUCUGUCGGAAAAGCUUUUGGAGCAUCUGCAGAAGAAGCAGAGAAGCGCUACAAAUCUAUCAGAACCUCAUAUGGUAGAUAUUUGAAAAAGAAGAGGCAUAUGCCAACAGGUUCUGGCAGAAAAGAUGUCCCUUGCAUAUCAGAAUUUGAAAACCUUGACUGGUUAAAUAUAUACAUAGACCAUAGACCUACAGUGACAAACAUCAAUAACGAACAUGAAAGUGAUGUCGAUACAUGUGAUACUGAUGAUAAUGAACAAGUUCUAUGCAUCAGCGACAAAAGUGGAAGUGAUGAUAUUGUUGCAAAUAAGAUGAAAGCUGGAGAAAAAAGGCCAUGGUCUAAAAGUAAUUCUAAGAGUAAAAUUGAUGAAGCUCUUGUUAAAAGUAUUGGAAGUAUAACUAAAAUUUUGGAACAGCAUCCAAAUGAUGUGAAGAAAGGCCAAGAAGACGUUACUGAUGAAGAUGAAUUGUUUUGCAGGAGUCUGGUACCACAACUGAAACGACUUCCUCCACCAUUAAAACAGCAGGCGAAAAUUCAUAUUCAACAGCUACUUUUCAGUACCGAAUUUCAUCAGCAGUGGCCAAACUAG